GUGCGAGCGGGAAGUGAGACGAAGAAAGAGGAGCGCUACUGUGGCCGACAUUUCUGGGUGUAGCGGGGGGGGGGGGGGUCGGAAUGUGGCAGUGGCAGCCCGGCAGCGCCCUGGCCAUCUGGCUCUAUCCGGCAGUCGCUCUGGUGAUCGGGACACCGUCACUGCCCAGAGAAAUGAUAUAUGACGAUGAAGUAUACUACAAAAAUGGAAAGAAGCUUUUUUGUUAUGCAUUUUCUCAAAAGCUUAACUUCGUGGAUUAUUGGUCAACAGUUGAGGUGAAUAUAAAGAGUUCUGAGUUAAUGGAACUUACCUACCCUGCAGAAGAAAGUAGUUUUCAUGAACCAGAAACACUCAGAGACUUUAUUAAAUAUUUUUACUAUCAAGUUGUAUCAUCUUCAAAUUCAUCAGCUACUGAAUUCAUCAUAAAUAUCGAACGCUGUAAUUGUAAAACCUGUUUCAAAGUAGAACCAAAGGUGCUUCCUGCAAGAUACACCAUUACUGUAAAAAGGCAACAAUUUGAACUGAAGCUGAUUUCUCUGUUUGUGGCUGGAAUUAUCCUGUUCGUUUAUGCAAAAUCCAUUAGCAGGAAUGAAUUAUUUCAUUAUUGUGUAGGGUUUACUCUGGGAAUCUUUGUGCCAUUAGUUCUCCUUCUCCUCAUGUGUAAAAGAAUAAUACAAAGAAGAACUUUCUUGUUGCUGAUGAUUGCAAGUUUUCCAACCUCAGCGUUUCUGAUUUAUUCAUGUGUUAUAAAUCAAUCUCAAUACAGGAAAUAUUUAUAUGGUUAUCUUUUUGUGGUUAGUUGUCUUAGUUAUGUUAUUUUCAAAAGGCGUAAGCCGUUGUCAGAUGAACAUAGUAUAACUCUGCUCACCUGGACCCUACAGUUGGUUGCAUCGGUAUUGAUAUACUGUGGUGUUACAUGCAGUCAGUGUGCUUAUACUGUCAUUGUAAUUCUCUUGUGUGGAAGCAACCUUCACCACCCAAUUAAUUUGAUCCGCUACAUUUACAGAAAAAUGAAACAAUUAUUUAAAAAACAAGAAGUUCGCUUCCUCACUGAGGAAGAGUACAAGGAACAAAGUGAAGUGGCAACUAUAAAGGCUCUUGAGGAACUCCGUAGACACUGCAAGAAUCAGGAUUUUCCGACAUGGGAAGUCAUAUCUAAAGUCAGUUCUCCAAAAAGACUUGCAGAAUUCAUCCUAGGAUCUUAUCAUGUCACACCAGAGGAAAUGCAGAACCAUGAGCAACACUACGGAAUUGGUGGUUCAUUUUUGGAAGACCAACUCUUUGUCAAGGAAGAAAAUAAUCAUCCAGUCUCAGAGAAUAGGGAAAUGGCAGCUGCAAAUGGAAAUGAAGCUGCUGUGAUAACGAAUUAAUCUUGCUUCAUUCACAUUUAAUUAAUAACUUGAACUGUUGUUAUGACUAGAAAUUGACCAAUAUCAAAAGAUUGAUAGCUUGAAAUUUGAGAGUACUAUCAUCACUGAUUGAUCACUUCGACAAUUGAAUGCGCAGACACUAAGAAACUUGUGAGUUGUGCUGAUUAGUGCAUACAUAGAGCACAUUAUAUUUAUACUUCUUACAGGAAGGUUUACACGAAAUGGGUAUAGUUCGGUUUGAGGAAUCUUUGACUACACCAACCAGUAGAUCCUAUCAUUAUUGAAAGGCUUUCAGUUGAAGCCGAGACAAUGGGGCCCAUCUAUACCACAAACACCAAGAAGACAUUAUUUGAACUGGAUGGCUCCGGCAGAAUCUCCAGUGAUUAUGGUUUUUCUACAGUGACUAUUGGGUUCUUUCCUCUUAAUGAGAAUUUCUGUCUUUGAAAAUGGAAGACAAGGACAUUUAGGCACCUCAGGGUCUUAUUACUGACAGUCAGUCAGUUAAUUGUAGGGUUUCAUUGAUGGUUUGGUUAUAAUCAGUACUUCAAACCAUCUUGUCCUUAGUUUUUAUAACAAUCAGCUAGCUUGACUUGAUAAAUAAAGAAAACAGGUUGUGUGGAACUGAUCUGCAAACUGGAGGUUAGGUUCAUUGUGAUAUAUGUUGUGUUCCCCUUAAAUCAUUGUAAUAUAAAUAUUGUUUCCUUGUCCAGGAAUGGAAGUAGAGGCCAUUAGAUCAAUAUAAGAUAAUUAUUGUAUUCAAACAACAAUAUUAAUCGUGCAACCGGCUUCGCUAUUCACAUUUUAAUGAAACGGAUUUCUGUUGAGCUGUACCAUGUAAUUUUGUUUAAUUUUACAUCCAACUCAGGUUUAAACAAAGGGCUGUUUUGUCUGAAGUUUAUAUGAAAAUUGAUUUGAGAUGGGAUUUGUUCUAAGUCACAAUGAUCUUGUAGCCAUUUUAUUCAGAGCAAAGUAACAAAUCAUAUUGAAUGACCUGUGAAAAUUAAAUUAGGAUUAUAUUCUGUAAAUGUACUUACUUCUGUGUCGGCCAGCAGAAUUUGCUUUCCAAGUUUUAUUCGUUGCCAGUGGACAAGCACUUUGCCUCAUGAUGACUGGAAGCCUGUAGUGGAGAAUCGUGGAUACAAAGCCAUUUUGUAAUAAUGCAGAUUUAAGCAUGUUUAAUUUUGUUUUGGUGUGAGACACAGAAUAACAAAAAAAAAUUAGAAUUUUUUUUUCAAUAAGGAAUUCUUCAUUCAAAAGAAUGAAGAUGUAUGGAGAAAAAAGACUGGAAUUUCAAGUAUUCUUGAGACAAUAAUGCUGAAAAUAUCUACUUAACUCAAUUAUGAAGUUGUCUCUGAAACUACCGUCAGUUUGGCAUAGGUUUUUUCUGCUGAUAAUUUGCCCAAACUUUCCUCUUUGGGAAGUUCAGCAGCUUUCACUUCAGAAUUUUCAUCCUGUAAAAUAAUAGCUUAAGAUCCUGUUCCUGAAUAUUUUAUACAAAUAUUAAUUUUUAAAUGACGUAAUUCUUUUUGUGAGAGUUUAUUUUUCUGGAAAAUAUUUUUUCUUAUU